UGCGGGACGUGAGGGGAGGGUGGGCGAGCGCUGUCUGGGAGCUGGAUUUCACUGAAGCGGAGCCGCUGGACGCCGCCAUCAGCGAGGCCAUCGUGGAGGAUGGGACCGGGGCCUUCGCGCGCCUCCACCAGGCGCUGCGCCCCUUCGCCGAGGAGAGGCCCGAGAGCCGAGAGAAUAUCUGGACCUUGUUUGCUGAAAACAACUUCUCUCCUAACACGCUUGUGGCUGUCUUGCAUCACUUUGUUGACGCAGGCCACCAUAAAAGAGCAAAUGCGCAGGAAAGGGUUUACGCUCUUCACGCGGCUGGGUUGUACUUCCUGCUGCUGGAAAUCCCAGGCAGCGUGGCUAACCAGCUGUUCCAUCAAGUGAUGUUUGAUAAAUGUCUUCACACCCUGACAAAAACUUGGCCUCAAGAACCAGAUCUGAUGAGGAAAAGAAAGAAGAUGCAUGCUCAGAGCUCUCAGACCAAUGGAAGAAGAAGCAGAAAGAAAGGAAAACCCUGCAGGAAUGGCAAUGUGGAAGACAUACUGGAAGGGGACGAGGAGGAAGAGGAUUGUGAAAAUGUUUACUUUUCAACAGACGAUCUUCUUCAAGUUCGCGACUCAAUCUUCCUUCUUCUGAAAAACUUCUUAAGACUUCUACCUAAGUUUCCUCUGAAAGAGAAACCUCACUGUGUGCAGAACUGCCUGCAGAUCUUUGUGGAGAUGACAAGCUUUGAGCCAGCAGUACAUGAGUUCGAGUUCUCAGCAGCAAUGAAUAUUAACAAAGCCAAGUACAUUCCUGAGCUGGCAUAUUAUGGACUGCGAUUACUGUGUACCCCUCUACAUGGUACAGAGGAUAAGAUUCUUCGUUGGAUCUUCCAGCGAAUCCUCAAUGUCAUUCUUAUGCUGGAAAGUGGCACGGGUUCCAGAUGCACAGUCCUUCCGAUCACAUCGGCUGUGGUCAGUGCCAGGAAUCAGGCCAUAAAAUUCAUCAGCUCUGUAGUAGAUGAACUGAAGGAAGUUGUCUUUCCUGUUCUUCGGAUAUUACUGCAACAUAUCUGCACCAAGGUCCCAGAUAAGGCUGAUUAUCGCACAUAUGCUGCACAGGCCUUGGUGAAUUUGCUGACUAAACUCCCUUGUACAGAGUUCGCUGACUUCAUCGCUUGGCUUUAUAAAUACUCGUGCAACACCAGAAUCGCCUACAGAGUGUUUGCUCUUGAUGUAGCGGUGGCUUUGUUGGAUGUGCCAGAGAGGAACUUGGAUGGCUCCUUGUCCCUGGAUCAUCAGAAGUUUCUAAAGCACAAGUUUUUAGUGCAGGUCAUGGUGUUUGGCCGGUGUUCAGACAAAGCACCCAUGGUCCGUAGCAAAGCUUUAAGCAGCUUUGCCCACUGCCUUGAAAUGAAAACUGGGGCUACCAUGGAGAGUGUACAGAACUUACUACAAAGCUCCUCUGACCGUACGAUCUUGGAAGCAAACACAAACACUGCGAGUUUGACAGUCAGUGCAGAAGCUUUGUCCAACCAUCCACAGAAGACCUUCCCAACUUUCAAAACUAUUGAGCUGACAGACAGCAGCGAUACUGCAGUGUCUGACGGAAAAGGAGUCAUGGCCAUGCUGAGACUGAGAGCUGGAGAUGAGAAAAGCAACGUGAGGAAAUCUGCUCUCCAGGUUUUUAUGAACAUCCUGAAGCACAGAGUGAUCCCUUGUACUGCAGAAGAUCUGUCCGCUCUCCAGGAUCGUUGCCGGGAUCCCGCUGUCUCUGUGCGGAAGCAGGCCCUGCAGUCCAUAACAGAGCUCCUUGUGUCUCAGCACAAUAACGUCCUAGUGCAGAAGGCCUGGUUAAAUGGAGUGGUGCCUGUUGUGAUGGACACAGAAAGUUCUGUCCAAGAAAAGGCCUUGGAUUGCCUUGAUCAACUCCUGUUGCAACAUAUAAAACAUUAUAGUAAGUUCAGGAGUGACGAUGGAAAGCAAGCUCUAGCGUGGGAUCUCCUUACGCUCUUGGCUUCAGAAAGCCAAGAUCUGAACCGUUACUUGAACAAAGCUUUUCAUAUGUGGUCCAGGCAAAAUAAGUUCACCUCCACUUUCGUCAGUAACGUCGUGUCUCAUGUGGAAACAGAGCACACUGUACCGGCCUGGAUGUUGCUUGCUAAGGUGGCAGGUUCCUCACCCAAGCUGGAUUAUUCCAAGAUCAUUAACUCCUGGGACAGUGUCAGCAGGCAGCAGAACACAAGCAGUGACACUGUGGGACAUAUACUGUGUGUCAUUGGUCAUGUUGCAAAGCACCUUCCUAAAAGCGCCUGUGAGAGGCUGAUUGAUAACAUCAAGUGCUGGCUGAGGGAGUCUCAGUGUCCCCUGGAGGUGAUUAGCCCAGCUGUAGAAACUCUGCAGAAGCUCUGCCACGCGUAUGCAGAUGUGCCGGAGGAGGCACAGGAGCUGCUCAACCAGGUGUGUGGAGAUUUAGUAUCCACCUGUGAAAGCUAUAUUUCAGCUGUAAUCCUCAAAGAAGAUGGAGUAGAGCAGCUGCAAGAAGAUCUCUUGGUGAGGCACCUCUUUAUCUUGGGUGAGGCUGCACAGCUGUGUCCUGCCAAAGUGGAGAAACGCAUCUUUCUUUUGAUUCAGUCCAUUCUGGCUUCUUCUGUCAACAAGGACCAAUUGUCCAGUUCUCCUGAUAGUGAGGAAACUCCAGCUUCUCAGCCACUCUCCCAGUUCAGAGGAUCAGCCAUGCCUCCAGUGGUCAGAGCUCAUGCGUUCAUUACUCUAGGUAAAUUGUGUUUACAGCAUGAAGAUCUGGCAAAGAAAUGCAUUGCAGCUCUAGCUCGAGAACUGGAGGUGUCACAAGACGUGGCUGUUCGCAAUAAUGUUAUCAUUGUUAUGUGUGAUCUGUGUAUCCGCUACACAUCCAUGGUGGACAGAUACGUUCCCAACAUUUCGUUGUGUCUGAAGGACCCGAAUCCAUUCAUCCGUAAGCAGACGCUUAUCCUGCUUACCAACCUUCUGCAGGAGGAGUUUGUGAAAUGGAAAGACUGUCUCUUCUUCCGUUUCGUUAGUGUCUUGGUGGACCCAAAUCCAGAUAUUGCCAGGUUUGGAGAGUUCUGCUUGGUGCAUCUCUUGCUGAAGAGGAAUCCAGUGAUGUUCUCCCAACAUUUCAUUGAGUGCAUCUUCCAUUUCAAUAGCUACGAGAAACAUGAGAAGUACAACAGAUUCCCCCAGAGCGUGCGGUCAAAGAAUCUCUUCUCCCUGAAGGGAAAAGAUAACAAAGAAAAAAGGAUGCGUAUCUACACGUUCCUGCUAGAGCACUUUACAGAUGAGCAGCGAUUCAACAUUACAACAAAGAUCAGCCACAGCAUCCUAGCAUGCUUUGUGGACAAUGCCCUUCCACUGGACAUGGAAGCCAGUGAGCUGCUCUCAGAUACGUUUGCAGUCCUUAGCUGCAAAGAAAUCAAGCUUUCAACGAUGAGAUCAAAACCCAGUGAAGACAUUCAGCCUGAGGAAGAUGAAAUGGCAAUGGCCAAUGCUGUCAUGCAGGCAGCACAAAAGAAGCUCAUCUCACAGGUUCAAAAGAAGAACUUUGUAGAAAAUGUCAUCCCAAUAAUCACGUCACUGAAGGCUUUGAUGGAGCAGAAGAGGAUCCCAGCUCUUAGGGACCUUAUGAACUAUCUGCGGGAAAUGAUGCAAGACUACCGAACUGAAAUCAAAGACUUCUUUGCUGUGGACAAGCAGCUGGCGGCCGAGCUGGAAUACGAUAUGAAGAAAUACGAAGAGCAGCUGGCCAGGGAGAAGGAGUCGGAUGAAGAGCAGGUCUCGGUGAUGCAGGCAGAGGUUGUUGGUGCCUUUGGCUCUCCAACUCCAUCUUUGGAGACAGCUGUACCUUCUGGUGGCUGGAAUAAUAAUGCUCGGUCUCCUGUAAGUGGGAGAAAGUCCUUGCCACCUGGAUCAAGUCCUUCAUCUGUGCCUCCUGAGUUUGCUACACCUAGUGCCAAUGUUCCGAGGCAGCCAUUACUCGGUCAAAGGCCAGCAUCCUUGAGCACGCUUGCCAUCCUGAACUCUGCCAAGAAAGCGAUAGAAGCCAGAAGCAAGAAACGCAGCCAGAGCGUCGGAGGAAUUUUAUCUGCUCAAUCACUUCCAUCAAGCACAACCAGCAGCAAGCAAGUAUCCUUUCAAAGCCUGAAUCAACCGUCAACUGGAGAAAAUGGUCUUGUGAUGGGCCGGGCAAUCAGCACACCAGAACAGACCAUUAAUGAAGUGACUUUUGGUGCUGGGGUCAGUUACAUCAGCUUGACACACACACCUGGUUCAGCUACAGAAAAGGAAGAGUCUGAGGACAAGCCAAGAGAUAUUAUCUGUUUAACAUCGCCAGAGAAGCCCCCAUCCCUGCCACAGGAGUGGAAAGUAGAAUCCCCAGCAAGGAAAAAAACCAGCCAAAAUGUCCCUCUGAGGCGAUCCCAGCGGAGAACACCACUGAAACCAGACAACUGAUCCUUUCAUUGAACUUCUCUACAGAAUCAUCAUGUUGCCUGAUACCUACCUGUUCUUUUCCUCUGUAAUUAUAAAUCGUUGCGGGCACAUGUCCUUCCUUAUCUAUUCCUACUUGCUUUUAAGGUGAAACUGUCUAGGAUACAGGCAUACAAAGCCUGUAGUCAAACAUGUAUAUAUUGUAAGUUGCUGCUUUUUGACAACUUACUGGACUGCUAGCAAGUGGCAGUGUAAAGAAAGGCUUGCUCUUUGUAUAAUUUGUCCAUUUGAAAAAGUAAGAGCGUAAUGUUGCCACAAGCUUAGUAAUAAAUGUAUUUAUCACAGCUUGCAGGGAAGUGAGUGGCUCAGCUUAUUCACUCGAUCCCUCAUUGUCCCUCGUGGUUAUAUACUAGAGUUGCUUUAAUUCGAACAAAAGUAGAACAGCUUGUCACUGCCACACCCCUAAAUCUGGUAAUUGCACGCUACAUCACCUCUUAUUUGGUGUGCAAACUCCUGUGUGUAUGAACAGUCUUAAUGUUCUUUUAUAUGGAAUAUUUCCAUUCCUGAGCUAUGUUAUUUCCAACUAUUAACAUUUUAUGAAAA